GGUUUGUCAGUAAUAAACAAAUAAAUCCAGCUUCCAAUAAAUAAAUAAACGCCCAAUCUUUUGGGUGUCCCAAUUGAAAUCUCAAAAACCCAUUUAUCCAAUUACACAAACAAAUCCCAAAGCUUCAAUCUUUCACUGCUUUUAGCUAUUUUCUUGAUAGUUUGAUCAUACACUAAAAUAUAACAAUAAGGGACUUUUAUUUGUUUGAUUUGUUAUUUAUUUGACCACAUAACAAUAAAACAAUGGCGGGUAUAGCUUUAGUAUUAGAUCUGUUAAAGAAAAAUCACAACUUUUACUCACCUAAAUUCUCUGCCUCCUCCGCCGCUUCCGUCGCCGCCGCCUCCGUGGCAGCUGCCGGUACUCCUUUUGCUUCUCGGUUCUUGUUUGGUUUUACCAAGAUCCCAGUUGCGCAUUGUGAUGCUGGCGCGGCACUAUCUGAUGAUUACAUUUCUACUAUACGGAAGGCCUCUGGGAAUAUUUUUCAGCAUGAUUCUUUGAAAUAUACAACUAAGGAGUACUAUUUUGAAUUAAAGCCUCUUCUUUCAGCUUUUGAAUGGAAACAACUAGCUAUGACAUCCCUAAGGUCAUUUUUGCUGUUCUAUUUGCCACUUCUGGAGCCUACUUCAAUUACAGAAGAGGAUGAUGAAGACUUUCUGCAGGAUGCUCCGGAAGAACGGCGUUUAGAUUUGGUUGUUCCCUUCCAAAAAUCAGUGAAGCAAAUUGUUCGGGAGACUACUGUUGUAACCACAAGAAGGAUUUUAGAAAGGCUUUCUGUGCAUUAUGUUUCACAGCGAUUGGCUUGGAAACUUCUAAAAGAUGUACCAAAGUCAGCUGUACGCAAAGCUGAUAGAGGAUUGCCUGCUGUUGUCUAUAUGUUCAGAGUCGGCAGAACAACAUUUAGAGGGCACAUUUUAGGAGUUGCCGCUUCAUGGCUUGUACAAGUCGGUAUUGAAGUUUACCGAUUCUUUUCUCGUUUAGCAAGAUCUGAAGAUGAAGAUAAUAAGGUUGAUCAAGCCGAACAAGUUAAAGCUCUUGGCAAAAAAGUUACCAGUGUUACUAUCUCGUGUAGCUCGUCACUAAUUUUUGCUUCCAUUGGAGCAGGGCUUGUUUCCGCCACAAUUCGUCCUUCAACGGGACAGUGGAUAGGUUGUGCUGUUGGGGAUUUGGCUGGCCCAAUUAUAGUUACGUUUUGCCUCGAAAAAUUGUUCCAUACGGACAUUUAGAUCCCUGACAUAAAUUAAGUAAUGUAUUUUUUUCUUGCACCUGCGUCUAACUUAAGUGGCAGCUAGCGAAAUCUUUGAGUUUAUGAUGAUAUAGUUUCACAUAAUCAAAUCUGGAAGGAGAUUUUCUUAAGAUAAUGAAGGUUUUGUAGCAUUAACUUCCUCAAGUUCAUUGAGAAUUCAAUUCUCCCUUAUAUAAAGGCCAUUGUUAGGUUCUCUUUUAAUAAUAUUCAACUGAUUUGUUUCUUCUUCA